ACCCGGGACCGCGAUACUCUCACUGGUACGAAUCGAAGAGCUGAACAGAGAGAAACAGAGAGAAGACGAAAAUGGCAGGCGGAAGCGAAAGCGGCGGCGGCGGCGGAACAACAUCAGGAGCAUCGGCGGAUCUUCACUCCGCGGCGAGAUCCGGUGAUUUAGCGGCAGUUCAACUAAUCAUCAGCUCUAAUCCUCUGGCCGUCAAUUCUAGGGAUAAACACUCUCGGACUCCACUACACUUGGCAGCAUGGGCAGGGCACCACGAGGUCGUGAGCUACUUAUGCAAGAACAAAGCCGAUGUUGGUGCUGCAGCAGUGGAUGAUAUGGGUGCGAUCCACUUUGCUUCUCAGAAGGGACACUUGGAAGUUGUGAGAACUCUACUGUCCGUCGGAGUUUCUUUGAAGUCCAUCACUCGCAAGGGACUGACACCUCUUCACUACGCUGCUCAAGGUUCUCACUUGGACCUCGUCAAGUACUUGGUUAAGAAAGGAGCCAAUGUCAGAGCCACGACUAAGGCCGGGAAGAAUCCUGCGGAUGUUGCGGGGAACCCUGAAACGCAAAGCUUCCUUGAAGAAUGCGAAGAGCAAGCGAGGAAAGAUAAGGUGAAGAAGAACAGUCAGAAAAAGACAGAGGAAGUGAAGAAACCAGAGAGUUCUAGUGUCGAAGGAGCAGCUGACAAGGGUUUGAAAAGAAAGGAUUCUGAGGAUGAUGGGAACGAGCAGGAGGAAGAGAAAGUAGAAGCUUCUUCGAAAGCGAAGAAGCCAAAAGUUGUUCUUCGUCAUCUUCAAGAGGAGACUGAUGACACCGAAGCUGAUCAAGAAGAAGUGUCUACUUGAAAUGAGUUGUAACAUCCAUCACAUGAGAUAAUUGAGAGAUUUUACCAAUACUUUAGUUUGUUUCUAUGAUACGUAUAAGUUUGUAGAAGAAUUCAUCAGUUUCUUUUAGGCUGUUUAAUCAAAACGUUCAUCAGAUUCUAAAA